UAAAAUGAUUCAUAUAUUCGUUAUUUUUUAAUUAAUUAAGAACAUUCAUCAGUUGUUCGAUAACAAUCGAUUUAUUAUCGAAUGUAAUGAAAUAAGAAUUGCUGCAUCAGUGCAAAUUCCCAGUGACCACCAGCGACAAAAUGACUUUCGAGAACUUUUAUUUUGAAAUCGAGCAGCAAGACCUGGACUAAAUAAAGCAGCUAGCAACCGUGGCUGGAUGAAGUGGGACUGAAAUCAGCGACAGAAACGAAAACAAAUCAUUUGUCAUUAAUUUGUUUAUUAACUUGGCGUAUUGUCUAGAAUAUAUCAGACUUGUAUUUUUGUAUGCUUUAUUAUUUUUAUUUUAAUUAAACCCACAGCAGUGAAAGGCUCUUCACAAGUCACUACUUAUUAGUCUCUGUGCUUCCGUGUUUGUUUACACUAUUAUUACAACGCGUUAUUGUCGCUUCAUUAUCAAACCGGUUGCCAUGUCAACGGCGGCGCUGGAUAAGAGCCUGUCUCGGAGCAGUAACGUGUCCAAACUGGAGCGACUGAACUGCCGCGUGGUGAAGCUGCUGACAGCGGCAGUGCAGGAGGUGCUGGAGGCCGUGAGGGAGACGGUGUCCGAGUAUCAGGAGAAAACGGCUCGCACACAGAGGGAAAACGAGAGACUCCGCCUGAAAUUACAGGAUGCACUGAAGAACCUGGAGAAAGAGCGAGAAGUGUCGAGACUUGCGUCCAUCUCAUUGUCCAUCAACCGCCCUUCUGUUGAGCCUCAGCAGAUGCCCGUAGCUCAACAUGUCUCUUGUUUAAACCAGGAUUCGGUUGUCAAAGCAGACGUAGAACCAGAAGCGGUGUGUGAUCUGCAAGUUGCAUUCACACUACCUGAUACAAAUACACCAAGAACAGAGCAAGUCAACACCUCAGAUUUGGACCAGACCAUUGAAGGAACGGAACAUAGCACUUGUACUGGUGUUUCUGGUGCCUCAUCAUGCCUAGACAUUAAAACUGAACCUGUUGCUCCUGAAUGUUUCCAACAACAACAACAGAUCCCUCAAGUUGAGGUUAGCAUGGCUGGGGAUCUGAGAGACCAAACAACCAGGCAGGACAACACCAGCUCGGGUUUGUACAUCCAGUCGAACGUCAGCACGCUCGGAAGGUGUGUAGGGAAUAGCUGGAGUACAAUAUCUUCCCUUCAAGGACUGGAAAGACAGCAUCACAGUCCACGAGAUGAGGAGCACCACAUCUGUCACGUUUGCGGGAAGACCUUCAGCCGUGUCGGGAACCUUCGGAUUCAUCAGAGGUGUCACACCGGGGAGAAACCAUACCGCUGCCUGGUGUGCGGCCGCUGCUUCAGCCAAGCAGGAGACCUGAAGAAGCACAAAAGGGUCCACACCGGAGAGAAACCCUACUGCUGCAUUCAGUGCGGCAAGAACUUUAGCAGGGGUGAGAACCUCAAGCGGCAUCAGAAGAUCCACAUAGGAGACAGAUUACGCCGGCAGAAUUUGUGGAAAGAUAAUCACGGAUUGGCCAUUUGACUUUCCGUGGACAACAUUUGGGAUUCAGUAUUAAGAGCUGACCAGAUGAUGCAUGAUGUACUCGUUAACAUAAGGUCUGGAGAGUAUGUGCUGGUACUCAGGUGUGUUACAAGCAAUGUUUUUUUGGAACUAAUUGCAAUUGUUGACAACUUGCUAUGGUAUGAGAGAACAUGCUUUUAUUGAAAAGCAACAUCACACCACCUCAGUGUUGAUUAUUUUCCUGCUGAGAUGCCGUUUUGAGGGGACCUCAUUUCCAACUGGGGACGGAGUCUAAAACCAGUAGUGAAUUUUACUGUACAACAUCCUAUUUUUUCCUAAGAAGUCUUUUGAAAGUAUAUGAUUAUUAGUAAUAACACUGUUAAACAUUAAAAUCUGCAGCUUUAUUACAUGUUAAACAGCCACAGAUGGACAGCAUGGAUGUACACACCUUCUCACCAAUGUUAAGCUGGAAAUGCUUGGGGCUGGGGGGUGGG